ACUAUCAAUACUAUCCAUACAAUAAUGAUUGCUACUACCUUUGUUGCCUCGCUUGCUAUUAUCGCUGCGACUGCUACCCCAUCCAAGCCUACUGCUGCUCAUUUGCAGAGUAUUGCUCCUAUGCGCGGAAAGACUCUUGCUGCUACCCCAUAUGGUCCUAUUACCUACAAUAUGGGUGCUCCUCUUCUUACCGGACCACUUGACGUUUACUUUGUCUACUAUGGUAAAUGGAGCUCGGCUCAGAAAAAGCUCGCCCAAGACUUCACUUCUGGUCUUGGUGACUCUGACUGGUGGACAACCACCAAAAAGUACUACUACCAGGCCGAUGCUUCGUCUCCAAAGGUCUAUGUUGAUGGUCAGGUCAGAUUUGCUGGAUCUGCUGAUGACAACUACUCUCUCGGCAAGUCGCUCAGUGGUGAUGAUGUUCCCAACAUUGUCAAGAAUGCAAUUGCUGCCGGUUCGUUCCCCGAAAGUGAAAACUCGCUUUACUAUGUUCUGAUUGACGAGCUUGUUUCAGAGUACGCUCUUGGCUCGUCUUUCUGCGGUGGAUACUGUGGUUACCAUAACCAAGGUAGUUUUUCAAGCGGUAAAGCUUUCCCCUAUGCUCUUUCUGGUAAAAUUGGCAGCUCUUGCAUCGGCGGAUGUGGCCCCCCAUCCAACCAGGAUGUUUCUCCCAACGGUGAUACUGCCACUGAUGCUAUGAUUUCCGUCAUGGCUCAUGAAAUUACCGAGGCUGUCACCGAUCCCUUUGCAAACCGCGCAUGGAACGACACCCCAGGCUUUGAAAAUGGUGACAAGUGUGCCUACAAGUACGGUAGUACCCAGACUGACUCCAACGGUGCUUCGUACAACAGUGGAUGGAAUGGACACAACUUCCUCAUUCAGAUGAACUGGGAUCCCGAGACUCAGUCCUGCACCCAAGGCUCUGGUGCCAGACCCCCAUCCACCACCACUACCAGGAAGACUACUACCGUCCGAAAGACUACCACCCGAAAGACUACCACCACCCGCCGUCCACCCAAGCCCACCUCCUCCGGAUGCACUACCAUGGAUAUCUGCUGUAUCUACAUUGGUCGCAGCUGUGACCAGUAGAUAUUAGACUUGAUCUUUUAUCUUGUGUUUUACUCGUAUAUUCCAAUGUUAUCUUUCGAACCUAGUUCUGUAAACUUGAGACUUUUAGUUUAUCCAACUUGUAUGAAUUUUGAAAUAAAUAUGCUGGAUUGAUUUCUAACU